CGUUUAAAUAUUUUAUCUGUGUAUUCCAAAAUUCCCCUCCGAUCUCUUCCUUCUUCACCUCCAUCCCCCAGUGUCCAUCUCAUCAUGGCCACCCAUAUCAGAGGACAGCGGGUAACUGAUGCCGGGGGAGAAGUCAAUCUUGGAUCUCUCUCUGGAAGUGCAGGGAAUGAUCAUCGACUUCACUAUUCUUGCUAUCCCCCCCUCACCAUUCCCUGCGAUGCAAAGGCGAAGUACCAACCUAUCAUUUCUGCUGGUGAACGAAGUCUUCUACCCCUCAAGCUCUCGUACCGCAUGAUCUACAAUGCCAUAAAAGAGAAGCGAGAUGUUGAAGCUUUCACGAUCCCUCAGCGUAAGCUCAGCUGGGGUGACUGGGAUACCAUGCAAGGCGCUGUCAUCUUUCCACCCUCUCAUAAGGCUUUCGCCAUCGAUACCUCCCAAUACAUGCUGCGAGUCUGGGACAUGAAGCUUCCUUACGUUCAAGGCACCAUGUUCGCCAACCUUCCUGUCCAGACUCCUCUCUGUCUGGCUCGACAAGCCCCUCCAUCAGGCUUUUGCUUCGAUGAGCGCUUCCGACUGGAUGGAGAUCCGCCCACCAACGACAUUGCUCCUGGACAGCAUAUCAGUGAGGUCUGGAACAACGGCGCCACCUCCCCUCCUCCCGGCCCGAACGAGUAUCAUUGCCCUCUCAGCGGCGUGGUAGUGCCUUUUGAGCCUCCCUCUAGGCCCCUGGUUGGCCUAUACGGCUACGACAAGACUGAAACGACCCGGGGCGGGUUCUGGGCCGGCUUCCUCUACUUCCAGCAGAGAAAGGAAGUAUGGUUCUCGCCUCUUUCCGCCUUCGAGGUCCGUGACGCAAUGACUGUCCCGGUUGCCGACAAGUCUGAGCGUAAGCUUUUUGAAGGCACUCAUUCCGACUUUGUCGCUCGUGUCUGGAUCAUUCGCGCCGGCCAGAACCCGCCUCCCACCAAACCCCACCAUAGAUGGGUCAAGGUCAAGAGCGCUGAGGCUGGAGAUCCUCGAUACACCGGGGAGAUUGAGCUGAUGUGGUCGAUCGUUGUGGACAGAGUCCAUAGACAGACUCAGGGCGAGACUCCUUACGAGCUCCGCGUCCGCGUCUAAGUGGAAUUAGAAGGCGGUUUGCUGGAACCGAGCCGCCGUCAAG